AUGAAAAUCUUCAGUCUUAUUUCAUUCGCCGCUAUUUUAAAUCAUCUAACACCUGUUUAUGCCGAAGGUAAUUGUAAUUAUAAAUGUGGUCCAGCAGUUAUUGAUGGGGAUUACGUACGAGAAUGUGUAAAAUCCUACUACGAAUAUAAAAUGAGAACCAUCGACAGAGAUUACGGACCCAACGAUCAUUUUACUACAGUCACUUUCCCGCUUCAAUAUCUUCAUAAGGAGGAAAUAAUUACUGUCCAAGUUUCAGCAGAUUUUACAGCUCUCAGGGAAAUUACUAGUGUUAGAGCUUCGGCUCUCGAGCAAGAGAUUGAAUGUCUACCAACACAAUUGAAGCCUUCAUAUGGGAAAGCAACAUAG